AUGUCAAAGAUCUUAAAACCGACGAGGCUUGAUCUUGAUCAUAAUGCACCAACUGCUUCAAAAGAAUGGAAGCAUUGGAAACGAACAUUUGAAAAUUUCAUUGAAGAUUGUGGAGAGGAUGCUCCAGACAAAUUUCGCUCUAUCAUUAAUUUUGUUUCAUCAAAUGUUUAUGAUUACAUUGAAGAGUGUGAUUCUUAUGAAAGUGUAAUUGAAACCCUAGAAAACUUAUAUAUAAAAACCCCUAAUGAAAUUUUUGCAAGGCAUCAAUUACUUGCAAGGCAUCAAACAUCGAGUGAAUCCUUAGAAGACUUUCUUCAGGAACUACGUAAACUCAGUAAAAACUGUAAUUACAAGGAUGUUUCAGCUGAGCAAUAUCGAGAGGAACAAAUAAGAGAUGCUUUUAUUUCUGGAAUAAAUUCGAAUUGCAUUCAUCAACGACUUCUUGAAAAUUCAACAUUGAAUUUGCAAUCAGCAUUUAACCAAGCUCGUUCUCUUGACAUUGCACAAAGAAACUCAGAUUCUUAUAUGCAGAAAACAUCCUCCUUUUCCUCCAAUUUAAAUAUUGCUGCCGCUAUAAAAUUACCAGAAGAACCCUCAGCAGCACUCAAUGCUAUGACUAUUAAUCCUCAAACAAAAUGCAUUUAUUGUGGUAAUCCAUCUCACAACCAACGUAAUCAAACCUCUGCUAGGAAAAAUUGUCCAGCUCAAAAUGUAACCUGUUUUAAAUGUGGAAAAAAAGGUCAUUUUUCCAAAGUUUGUCUUGGCACACCGAUGAAUAUAACCCACAGUGUUUCAGCUGCAAUACAUAAACCAAGUUUGUGUACUGUUUCAAGUGGUUGUCCGUUGAGUCUCUCUCAUGCAGCUGUUAUUGUCAGAAUUAAUGAUGAACCGUUAACUGCACUGAUCGAUUCCUGUAGCUCAGAUAAUUUUAUAAGCAAGAAAAUUAUCGAGACUUUAAAAAUUAAAACGUUACCCAGUAAAAAGAAAAUUUUGAUGCCCCUCACAACAAUAGAGUCUGGAUUAGUGGGCUGUUGUUCGGUUAAUCUUGAAGUAAAUGGUUUAUUUUAUAAUAAUGUUCAAUUUGGAAAGUCUUAG